AUACGCCUGGGCCUGCUGCCCCUCGGCCUUGCACUGUUCGAGAUGCCCAUGCAGGUCUCUGCCGGGACCUGGGUCUUCCCUCUCCUGGAGCUACAGAGGCCAGAAGUUCAGUGGUGAGGGGUCCAAGGAGAGUCCUGGGAGGCCAGGGAGGCUCUGUCCAUCCCCUGUCCCUGCUCCCUGUGGGAAGCUUCCGGCAGCAACAGCAAGACGCUGGCCAUUCCACUUGCCCAUAAGAACAGCCGCCACCAGUACCCAGGGGAUGACUAGAGGCCGGACCACAGGCCACAAAAAGAAGAAAGCCUACCUCACUUAGAGAUGCAGACCAUGUGGGGCUCCGGAGAACUGCUUGUAGCAUGGUUUCUAGUGUUGGCAGCAGAUGGUACUACUGAGCAUGUCUACAGACCCAGCCGUAGAGUGUGUACUGUGGGGGUUUCCGGAGGUUCCGUCUCAGAGACCUUUGUGCAGCGCAUAUACCAGCCUUACCUCACCACUUGCGACGGGCAUAGAGCCUGCAGCACUUACCGAACCAUCUACCGGACUGCCUAUCGCCGUAGCCCUGGGCUGACUCCCACAAGGCCUCGCUAUGCCUGCUGCCCUGGUUGGAGGAGGACCAGCGGGCUCCCUGGGGCUUGUGCAGCAGCGAUAUGCCAGCCUCCGUGUGGGAACGGAGGGAGUUGUAUCCGCCCAGGCCACUGCCGCUGCCCUGUGGGAUGGCGGGGAGAUACUUGCCAGACAGAUGUUGAUGAAUGCAGCACAGGAGAGGCCAGUUGUCCCCAGCACUGUGUCAACACUGUGGGAAGUUACUGGUGCCAGGGCUGGGAGGGGCAAAGCCCAUCUGCAGAUGGGACGCUCUGCCUGUCUAAGGAGGGGCCCUCCCCGGUAGCCCCAAACCCCACAGCAGGAGUGGACAGCGUGAGAGUGGUGAGAGAGGAGGUGUACAGGCUGCAGGCUCGGGUUGACAUGCUAGAACAGAAACUGCAGUUGGUGCUAGCCCCACUGCACAGUCUGGCCUCUCGGUCCACAGAACAUGGGCUACAAGAUCCUGGUAGCCUGCUGGCCCACUCCUUUCAGCAGCUGGACCGAAUUGAUUCAUUGAGUGAGCAGGUCUCCUUCUUGGAGGAACAGCUGGGGUCCUGCUCUUGCAAAAACGAUCUGUGAUAGCCUUUCACCACCCAGUUGGAUGGAGGAGUCAUCCCUAGAUCCCUUCUAGCCAGAGUUCAGGUGCCGUCUGUCUGGUGGCGCCUGUGAGCAGAAGGCCCUGCUUCCUUGUCCCUGUUUCUUAGGAGGUUCCUAGGACUUGGGCAUGGGGCGUGGGGUCUUGUGUGACUCUUCGGUGGGGCUCCCUGUGUAAGGGGUAAGGUGGGGAUUGUCCCCGUCUUUGUCAUAAUAAAGCUGAGGCUUGA